AUUAUGAUAAUUUUUAUUUCAGGAUCCAACAUUAAAGUAAAAUGACAUCGCGUUUCUUCAGAGCACAUGGGGAAUUCUGCACCAGCCACCCCUGGGAGGUGAUUGUGGCCACCCUCACAUUAACAGCUUGUAUGUUAACUGUUGACCAACAAAGUAAUAUUCCUCCCACAAGGCCGGCUAUUAAAUUAUGUCUUGGAUGUCAGGCUGAAUAUAAUGCUGCUGACUUGAUAGCCAUGACGCUGUUUAGAAGUUUAGCCAUACUUUACUGUUACUAUCAAUUCCGAAAAUUGUACAAAUUGGGCUCCAAGUAUAUAUUGGCUAUAGCCGGCCUGUUCACCGUAUUUUCCAGCUUUAUCUUCACCAUGACAGUAUUAAAUAUAUUAAGAAUAAAUAUUAGCGAUUUAAAAGAUGCCCUGUUCUUUUUCUUGCUGCUCGUCGACUUCUCCAAAACAGCCAUGUUAGCUCAGUUCGCUCUUAACGCUAAAAACCAAGAUGAGGUUAAAAAUAAUAUUGCUAAAGGAUUAGCUGUUUUGGGACCUACUACUACUUUAGACACAAUGGUUGAGACACUUGUUAUUGGCGUAGGAACGUUAUCUGGAGUACACAGACUGGAGAUGCUAUCUUGGUUUGCCUGUCUUUCAGCGUUAGUCAACUAUAUGGUUUUUAUAACAUUUUAUCCAGCUUGUUUAUCACUGAUUUUAGAACUUUCCGGAUCAAAAAUGCCUACAAAAGAUUCUUUGAUGAAGUUUGUUUUCAAAGAGGAAGAUCAUAAAUCAAAUCCCGUUCUACGAAGGGUCAAACUGAUUAUGUUUUUCGGAUUAAUGGUCGUCCAUGUACACAGUCGUUGGCCAUUUAAAGACAGUGAAGUGUACACCAUCGAACCCCUAGUUCAACAAUCUUUGAAUAGGACCGAGGAACCCGGUGCAACUGAUGGAUAUUUUAUAAGAUGGUUGACACUUAGCGCUGAGCACAUCGUCAUAUUAAUGCUGGCAUCAGCACUUCUAGUUAAACUAAUUUUCUUCGAUACCGAAGAACAAUUUGUAGAACAGAGAGUAGAGACAUCUACUGAAAAAAGACCAACUGGAAAAACUGAAGACAAGCGGGCGCCGAUGUUAAGCUUUAGUUUAGGCGAUACAUCCGAUUCCUAUGAGCCUAUCUAUGAAGACAAAGAAGUUCAAACAAUGUCUUCAUCAAAUUCAGACAUUGACAGUUCACCAGAAGACGACAUGCCACGUCUAUGCCGGGCCCUAGAAGACUGCCUAAAAGUUUUCAAUAACGUGGAUCUAGGAGCUACAGCCUUAUCGGACGAUGAAAUACUUUUAUUACACAAAAACAAACACAUUGCAGGAUACCAAUUCGAAAAGGCUGUAGAUGAUCCAGAAAGAGGUGUCCGUAUCAGAAGAAAACUUCUGGAGAACACUCUUUUGGAUGCUCCUCAAGUACUUGACGCACUGCCUUAUAGGAAUUAUAAUUAUUCACUGGUCAUGGGUGCAUGUUGUGAAAAUGUCAUUGGAUACAUGCCAAUACCAGUAGGAUAUGCUGGACCCCUACUUUUGGACGGAAGAGAAUUACAUGUGCCAAUGGCAACGACUGAAGGAUGCCUGGUAGCCAGUACUAACAGAGGUUGUAGAGCACUGAAGGAAUCUGGUGUUACUAGCAGUGUUGUGGCAGAUGGGAUGACUCGUGGACCAGUAGUUAGAUUUCCGUCUAUCGUUCAUGCUAGUAAAGCAAUGCAAUGGAUUCAAGAGCCGCAAAAUUUUCAAAAAAUCAAACAACAAUUCGAUUCGAGCAGCCGAUUCGCAAGACUACAAAGAUUAACACUCAAAAUAGCCGGCCGAUUUUUAUUUAUCAGAUUUGUAGCUUCGACUGGAGAUGCAAUGGGUAUGAACAUGUUAUCAAAGGGAACUGAACUGUCUUUGAAAUACGUCCAAGAAAUAUUCAAAGAUAUGGAAAUUUUAAGUCUUAGUGGAAACUUUUGUGCUGAUAAAAAGCCUGCAGCAAUAAACUGGAUUGAAGGAAGAGGAAAAUCAGUAGUCUGCGAAGCGAUCGUUUCUUCUAAAAUAGUCAAAAGCGUCCUAAAAACCAACGUUCACGAUCUAGUAGAUGUAAACAAUUCCAAAAAUUUGGUUGGCUCAGCAGUAGCUGGAAGCAUAGGUGGAUUCAAUGCUCAUGCAGCCAACAUAGUAACUGCCAUUUUUAUAGCAACCGGUCAAGAUCCUGCUCAAAAUAUUAGCAGCAGCAAUUGUAUGACUCUAAUGGAACCUUGGGGUCCACAUGGGGAAGAUUUGUAUAUUUCUUGUACUAUGCCUUCCAUUGAAAUAGGUACAAUCGGUGGUGGUACAGUCCUACCAGCUCAAGGUAGUUGCCUGGAAAUGUUGGGAGUAAAAGGAUCAAAUGCAGCCGAACCAGGAGCGAAUGCAUGCCAAUUAGCCAAAAUCGUAUGUGCGACAGUAUUAGCAGGCGAACUUUCACUUAUGUCAGCCUUAGUAGCCGGCCAUUUAGUCAAAAGUCACUUAAGACACAACCGAUCUACUACAUUAUUGCCAGAUGCUUUUGAUAGAAGUAAAAAUGUUUAUUUGCCACCCUGCAAAGAUAAUGCUUGAGGCUUUUUUUUUAACCAAUUGCAGUGAUGUUUCGCAGAAGAGCCAUAAUUUUGGUAUCUGCUAUAAUUUUUUUUGUACAAGUUUUCGUUAAGGGUUGAUGUCGUUGACGAUCCACAAUUUCAUAAUAUCCUAUGACAUCGGAUUUUCUCUUAUCUAAUGAAUGGACAUUAAAAUAAAAUAGGUAAUAGAAAUAUACUUUUGGUUUUGCGAGAAAAAGUUCCUCUAAUUUAAUGUGUGUAUGUAAUUAUAAUGAUCAACUUUGAGUUGAUUAUCAAGAAUAAAAACAUAUUUAGGUGUUGUAAUUGUAACUGUCGAUAAUAAUAAUAUUCACUAAAUUGUGACAUAACAUAGGUUUUCAUUACGCCUGUUAUUUUUUGACGAAUGGAUCAUUACAAUCGAUGAUGAGAGUAAAUUGUUCUUAUUUAAAAAGAAAUCCAAAUCAUGUAUUGUAUAGUGUGGGCUAGUUAUUUUGACACUUUUAUAAGGAAACACCAAUUUCUAGGCGAGAGAGGCUAAAUUUUUUUUAAACAUUCAAUAGUGCAUACCGCAUGAGAUAUCUUUCCCCGUUCUGCCGCUAAAUGGCGUCAUUCGAUUUUGGGCAAUACUGCAAAUAUUUCAUCUUUUUGGUUUUGGUUCAACCCUUCAUUAGUCGCUAGGAAUUUUUGGGAAAUUUUCAACGCUUCGGUCUGUGACACCGAAAAUAUAAUUCAAGUCCUUCAGACAUAUAAAUCAUUAAUUUAUCUAUUCUGAGGUCUUAUUUUAACAAUUUACCAAAACAACCCAAGCCAAGACAACAAAUCGGGACCCUAUAGAAAAAGAACUGAUUACG